CCCGGCAGCACGUGGGGGAGGUGCCGGUUGGAGGCCCUCGAGUCCCUCUGGGUGGUGGGAGGCGGAGCUGGCUGCCGCAACCGCGGAGGCAGAAGGACAAGGCGCUGGAAACUGCAGCGACCGAGGAACCUGGAGACCGGCUGAGGGCCAUGGAGGGUUCAGGGGAGCAGCCGAGCUCACAGCCCCCGCAUCCUGGGGACCACCGCGUUCGCGACGGCGACUUCGUGGUCCUGAAACGGGAAGAGGUGUUCAAAGCAGUACAGGUACAACGGAGAAAAAAAGUAACUUUUGAAAAACAGUGGUUCUACCUGGAUAAUGUCAUUGGUCAUAGUUAUGGAACCACCUUUGAAGUGACCGGUGGAGGAAGUCUUCAGCCCAAGAAGAAAAAGGAAGAAUCUACUUCAGAGACUAAAGAAGCUGGCACUGACAAUCGAAAUAUAAUUGAUGAUGGGAAAUCUCAGAAACUCACUCAGGAUGACAUCAGAGCUUUGAAAGACAAGGGCAUUAAAGGAGAGGAAAUAGUUCAGCAGUUAAUUGAAAAUAGUACAACAUUCCGAGACAAGACAGAAUUUGCUCAGGACAAGUAUAUAAAAAAGAAGAAAAAGAAAUACGAAGCUGUCGUUACUAUUUUGAAGCCAUCCACCCGUAUUCUUUCAAUUAUGUAUUAUGCAAGAGAACCUGGAAAAAUUAACCACAUGAGAUAUGAUACACUAGCCCAGAUGCUGACAUUGGGAAAUAUCCGAGCUGGCAAUAAGAUGAUCGUCAUGGAAACAUGUUCGGGCUUGGUGCUGGGUGCAAUGAUGGAGCGGAUGGGAGGUUUUGGCUCCAUUAUUCAGCUGUACCCCGGAGAUGGACCUGUUCGAGCGGCAACAGCAUGUUUUGGUUUUCCCAAGUCUUUCCUCAGUAGUCUCUAUGAAUUCCCCCUCAACAAAGUAGAUAGUCUCCUGAAUGGCACAUUUUCUGCUGAGAUGUUAUCUCCAGAGCUGAAAGACAGUGCUUCUGUCCAAGAGAGUAACGGGGUAGGUGAGGACAAACAGCCUCUGGAACAAGACCCUGAGGACGCCUCUGCAGAGGCACCAGAGAGCAGUCACCCAGAAGAGCAAGAGACGAUGGAUGUUGUUGCUCAAGACCCAGAAUACAAGGAGCCUAAGGAGAGAGGAAGCAAAAAAGAUUACAUUCAGGAAAAGCAGAGGAGACAAGAAGAGCAGAGGAAAAGACAUUUAGAAGCUGCUGCUCUGCUGAGUGAAAGAAAUGCAGAUGGUUUAAUCGUGGCAAGUCGUUUCCAUCCCACUCCUCUGCUGCUAGCUUUACUGGACUUCGUGGCCCCUUCACGGCCGUUCGUGGUCUACUGUCAGUAUAAAGAGCCUUUGUUGGAAUGCUACACAAAACUUCGAGAGAGAGGAGGAGUCAUCAACCUCAGGCUGUCUGAAACCUGGCUGCGAAAUUAUCAGGUUUUGCCAGAUCGAAGUCACCCCAAACUGCUGAUGAGCGGAGGUGGAGGCUACCUUCUGUCAGGGUUCACUGUGGUCCUGGACAACCUCAGAGCAGACGCCAGCCUCAGAUGCAGCACAAGCACUUUAGAGUCCCUCCAGACGGAGGAGCCGGCGGCCAAAAAGCAGAAAUGCACCGAGUCUGGGUCUUAACCUUUUAAGAAUUGCUUUGAUUUUUGGUCUCAGGCUUUCUGCAGUCUUACAAUUAAAACUUAAAUGCCA